AUGGCCAUGGCUAAACGGGAGAAAACCUUGGCCGUACGCCCCGUACCUGCACCGGUACCCGUACCCGAGGCUCCCCCGACGCCGUCGGCGACGCCGGUGUCGGCAACGGCGCCGACGUCCGCGAGGUCGGUCAGGUGGGGCGACCUCGAGGACGCGGCCGGCGGGCUGGAGCGGCCGCUGCUGCGGCAGCGCGGCUCCAACACCACGUCGCAGAUGGCCGUCGUCGGCACCAACGUCUGCCCUAUCGAGAGCCUCGAUCUCAGGAUCGUGGAGAACGACGUGUACAAGCAGGACUGGAGGUCGAGGGGGAGGAUCCAGAUCUUCCAGUACCAGGUCCUCAAAUGGCUCAUGGCGCUCCUCGUGGGAUCCUUCGUUGGCCUCGUCGGAUUCUUCAACAACAUCGCCGUCGAGAACAUCGCCGGCUACAAGCUGCUCCUGACCAGCAACCUCAUGCGGCAAAACAGGAACCUGGGAGCGUUCCUGCUAUACAUGGCCUGCAAUGCGGUUCUCGCGGGAUCCGCAGCUGCGAUUUGCGCCUACUUAGCCCCCGCGGCAGCCGGCUCCGGCAUACCGGAGGUGAAGGCCUAUCUGAACGGUGUCGACGCCCACUCCAUCCUAGCGCCCAGCACCCUCUUCGUGAAGAUUAUUGGCUCCAUAUUGGGGGUGUCUGCCGGUUUUAUGCUGGGCAAAGAAGGGCCUAUGGUGCACACUGGUGCCUGCGUUGCCGCCAUGCUCGCCCAAGGGGGGUCGCGCAAGUAUGGCCUCACGUGGAACUGGAUCAGGUACUUCAAGAACGACCUCGACCGUAGGGAUCUCAUCACCUGCGGUGCUGCGGCCGGCGUCACUGCAGCAUUCCGCGCCCCCGUAGGCGGCGUCCUCUUUGCGCUCGAGGAAGCAACGACUUGGUGGCGGAGUGCGCUUCUGUGGAGGACAUUCUCCACAACGGCAAUGUCGGCGAUAGUGCUGCGGUCGUUGAUAGAGUACUGCCGCAGCGGCAACUGCGGCCUGUUUGGCAAAGGGGGUCUGAUCAUGUUCGACGUCAGCUCGCGGGUGACGACUUACACUGCCACUGACAUCGCCGCGGUCAUACUGCUCGGCAUCCUCGGCGGGCUGCUCGGAGCUCUCUUCAACCACUUUGUCGACCAGAUCCUCCGCAGAUACGGCGUCAUCAACGAGAAGGGUGCGCCGUACAAGAUCCUCAUGACGGUGUUCAUCUCACUUGUCACCUCGUGCUGCUCCUUCGGCCUGUCGUCGCUGUCUCCCUGCGUCCCGUGCCCGCCCGAGCUCGCCCCCGGCAAGUGCCCGACCAUCGGCCGGAACGGCAACUACAAGAAGUUCUGGUGUCCGGCGGGGCACUACAACGCGCUGGCCUCUCUCUUCUUCAACACCAACGACGAUGCCAUCCGCAACCUCUUCAGCGGCGGCACGGACAGCGAGUUCGGGGUGUACACUCUGCUCACGUUCUUCAUCGGCGUGUACACCCUUGGCCUGAUCACCUACGGCGUGGCCGUGCCGUCGGGCCUCUUCAUCCCCGUCAUCCUCUCGGGUGCCUCCUUCGGCCGCCUCGUGGGCAAGAUCUUCGGCUCGGGCCUCGACACGGGCCUCUUUGCGAUCGUCGGCGCGGCCUCCUUCCUCGGCGGCACCAUGCGGAUGACGGUGUCGGUGUGCGUGAUCCUGCUGGAGCUCACCAACGAUCUCCUGCUGCUGCCGCUCAUCAUGCUGGUCCUGCUCGUCUCCAAGACGGUGGCGGACUGCUUCAACAAGGGCGUCUACGAGCAGAUCGUGCGCAUGAAGGGGCUCCCCUUCCUGGAGGUGCACGCCGACGCGUGCAUGCGAAGCCUGGUGGCCAGCGACGUGCUGUCCGGGCCGGUGAUCACCUUCUCCAGCGUGGAGCGCGUCGGCUCCGUGGUGAACACGCUGCGGCGCACGGGCCACAACGGGUUCCCAGUGAUCGAGGAGGAGCCGUUCGCGCCGGCGCCGGAGCUGUGCGGCCUGGUGCUGCGCUCCCACCUGAUCGUGCUGCUCAACGGCAGGACCUUCACGAGGGCCCCCGUCAAGACCGGCGCCGCCGAGGUGUUCCGCAAGCUCAAGCCCUUCGACUUCGCCAAGGUGGGGUCGUCGGGGAAGGCGAUGGAGGUGGACGAGCUGAGGCUCACCGAGGAGGAGAUGGACAUGUACGUGGACCUCCACCCGAUCACCAACCGGUCGCCCUACACCGUCCUGGAGAACAUGUCGCUGGCCAAGGCCGCCGUGCUCUUCCGCGACCUCGGCCUCCGGCACAUGUGCGUCGUGCCCAGGACCCCCGGGAGACCGCCGGUGCUGGGGAUCCUGACGCGCCACGACUUCAUGCCGGAGUACAUCCGCGGGCUGUUCGAGAACGUCCUUCGCGAGUAG